AUGCCUUCUGCUGUGGAACUUGAAUCGUUAGCCGUCGAGGUCCCUGAGACCCAGGCCAAGUUCAAGUCGACCUCUUCCACCCCUCCUCUUCCUGUUACUGUCCCUUCAGUUUCUCUCACCACUGGCGUGGAUGCAGCCGCUCUUCACACAGCGUCCAAGAUUCUUCACAUCAUAGACCGGUAUCGUCUGAAACGGUCCGCAGAUACCGCUGCCAAAGCUGAUGAGGGAGCCCUGAAGUUUCUUGCCCUCAUUUACACUCAUGUCAAGGCCGGCGAUGUCGUACCCAUGUGCCUGCCCGCCUUUCCCUUCAAGUCACCAAACUCAAAGUCCAAAGUGUUGGGCAAGCUGCCUGACCGAGCAGAGGAGCUAGCUCUAGCACAUCUCAAUGGCCUUUGUCUAGCCAUCCAAGACAUCUACCCUCCAGGGGCAAACCUCACCAUCAUCUCAGAUGGCUUGGUAUACAAUGGUACGCUACAUCAAAAGCUCUCUCUCUCUCUCUCUUUUAUCAAGAAAGAUGCUAAACCAAAGCACUCAGAUCUGCUUGGCGUCCCAGACAAAGAUGUGUGGAACUAUGGCGAAACACUGAGAGCUCUGGCCUCAGCCAAGGGGUACAAACACAUUUCCUUCUCGCGUCUUCGAGAUCUUGUAACGAUUCAGUUGCCCGAGCAGCUUGACGAAAUGACAUAUGUUGCAAACGCAUCAAACUUCCGACGAGCACUGCUCAAUACCUUCAGCCGACCCGACUGGGAGUGGAAGACCGUCAGCCAGAGCGAAGAUGUCUGCUUGACGUAUAGAGGAUAUAUCAAGUUCUUGGAGACGGAUCUUGAGACGGUGUAUCCCAUCGGAGAUGAGCGCAGCAAGACCAAGUAUAAGCGAGGCAUCGAAUACAUUGCCAAGCAGAUGAUGGCCCGUGGCGAUGCAUUCGCGAGCGCAGUUCGACAAAAGUACAAAGACUCGGUUCGACUGUCAAUACAUCCAUCCACCGGGGCAACCAAACUGUCCAUCGGCUUAUUGCCCACAGACUCCACGUACACCACACCUUGGCAUUGCGCAGUCGCAUAUAGAAUAGACGGCACCACGACUACCGGCAUGCGGUCUGAUUUCGAGAAUGAUGAUUCGUAUGAGCUCGUCUACGAAAACGGCAGGCCCAGCUACUACCGCGAGAAAUCACAUCUAUUUUCGUGGGGCGCCGAGAAGGGCGGCGUUGUCUUUGAGCCGCUGUACCCGUCUGGAUUUCUCGUCAAGCCCGCAAGGGGUCCAUACAGCAUGACAAUGGACGACGUGGACGCCAAAAAGGUUCGCUCAUUAUCAGAGAUCAACUCUCCCGUAAUCCUUCGAGGUUUCAUUAAGAAGCCCAACAAGGACCAGUUCGCCAAGAAAUCAGAAGAGUUUGGCAAACCAACGGCAUGGAAGUUUGGCCUCAUCUUGGAAGUCAAGGAUCAUGGAACGAAUAGCCGGGGCCUGAAUAACGUGCUCUCCCGCGAGUGGAUGCCCUGGCACUAUGACGGUUUGUUCAAAACCGUGAUGCAAGUGGAUGAGAAUGGCGAGGAGACUCUGAUUUCAACGCCACCUCGGUUUCAAAUCUUUGUUGGAGCUACUUCGAGCCCCCGUGAUACAGGAUUCACCCUCUUUGCAUCGUCUACGCUUUUCCUCAAGUAUCUCCCAGACUGGCUGAGGCUCGGGGCCCUGUCGGAGAUGACUUGGACGGUUUCAACAGCCUCGUUUGGCGCAACAGUUCUCAAAGGUCUUCCAAUGAUUGUGUCCCACCCAACGACAGGAAAGCCGUGUCUCAGGUAUCACGAGCCGUGGCCUCAGUCUAAGACCCAGUUCGAGCCCACAAACGUCACCAUUGACGGGCUAAAAGCUGCCGACAGUGCGGCAAUCUGCGAGGCCAUCGAUUCGGUCUUGCACGAUAGAAGGGUGGCCUACUAUCACGUUUGGGACAAGGGAGACAUUGUAGUAAGCGACAAUGUCCUGAUGAUGCACACGCGGAGUGACUUUAAUUCUGGAAGUGAUCGGGAGCUCUGGCGGAUCCAUUUCGACUAA